AGCUUCACUUCUGUUCUUUCCUUUGAUUCCCUCUUCUUAUAUCUGUCUUUUAUUUUUUUGGCUUUAUUCAAUAAUGUUAUAUAUGUCUUCUAGAUUUGUUGAAGUUUCCUAAUAGAACAUCAUAGAAUCAUUUUGUAUCUUUAGACCCUUCAAUUCCUGUGUUUUUUUGGGUUUCUUGCUUGAUGAUUUUUAGGUGAACAUAAUCUGUAGAUUUAGAUCCAAUUUUGAUGGGUUUUUUUUUUUUUCUUUAGAUCAAGAAAUGAAACAUAUUUAUUUUUAUAUUGGUCUCUGAUUCUGUAAUUUUUUGGGGGGGCCUCUUUUUCUGUAGAUAUAACCAGUAAAAUUUGAUGUUUCAGUUUCAGAUUGAAUUUUUGAUGGGUUUCUAUUGGGUUUGAUUCACAUAUAUGGGAAGAGCUAUAUUUGAUGGUAAUCUUUUUUGUUGUGGGUUUGGUGAAAAAGAUGCUGAAUUUUGAGAGUUCCAGAUUGGUUUGUUGAUGGGUUUUCAGUAGAUUUUGAUGUUAAUCACAGCUUCAUUUAUUUAAAGUUUGUGAAAAUGGAGAAGCAAACUAAUUUUGGUUGUGGGUCUGUCGUGAAUUCGGGUAGAGAAAUGAAAUUAGAAGAAGAAGAAGAUUUCCGGAGUUGUUGCGAAGAUGAAGAUGAAUUGAUGGAGAGGGAAGAAUCAGCGAAGGAAAGUUCAAAGGACAUUCUUGAUGAAGGUUCAGUGAAUAUGUUCUUCAAGGGUAUAUCGAUAGCUAAGGCUGGAGAAUGUGGCACUGGGCUUUCCGGGAUUGGGGUGGUUAUGGAAAGAUCAGCUAAUGUUCCUUUGAUUCAAGUACAGAAAAAGCUUGAUUUCUAUGUAGAUGAAUCGGUUGCUAACUAUUUAGCUUUGAUGGAUGGUCUGUUAGAGGCUGCACGAAAUAAGAUUGUGCGGGUGUUUGCUUGUACCGACUCUGAGAUUUUAUAUAAUCAGAUUAUUAAUGGGGAGAAACUCGAUAAUCCACUUCUCCUAGCAUUGAGGCAAAGGAUCCUAGAACAUGCGGAAGAUCUGGAAGCCUUUGUUCUUAAGUUGGUUCCCCACAUAGACCUAGAAAGGCCAUUAUGCUUGGCCCAAGUGGCGAUUGGGGUUGUCUCUUUUCCUGCUGAGGGAGAUGAAUCAUUUGAAAAUUGUUCGAUAUGUUGCGAGGAGAAGCCAUUGCAGAUGACUAUCACAUUGAAAUGCUCCCACAAGUUUUGUUCCCAUUGUAUGAAAACCUAUGUCGAUGGGAAAGUGCAAUCUUCUCAAGUCCCCAUUCGAUGUCCUCAGUUACGAUGCAAAUAUUGUAUCUCCAUCCCUGAAUGCAGAUCUUUUCUUCCGGUUGCCUCAUAUGAAAUGUUAGAGAGAGCCCUUGCAGAAUCAAACAUUCUCAAUUCGGGCAAAAUUUAUUGCCCCUUUCCAAAUUGUUCAGUUCUCCUCGAUCCUCUUGAAUGCUUAUCGACAAGGGCGAGUUCAUCGAGUCAGUCAGAUAACAGCUGUGUGGAGUGUCCGGUCUGUCAGAGAUUUAUCUGUGUGGAAUGUGGGGUCCCUUGGCAUUCUUCGAUGAGCUGUGAAGAGUAUCAAAACCUCCCUCUGGAUGAGAGGGAUGCAGCUGACAUUACUCUGCAUCGUCUGGCAGAAAGCAAUAGGUGGAGGCGCUGCCAACAGUGCCCGCGGAUGAUUGAGCUAAUCCAUGGUUGCUACCACAUGACUUGUUGGUGUGGGCACGAGUUCUGUUACUCAUGCGGUGCUGGUUAUCGAGACAGCCAACAGACAUGUCAGUGUGCAUUCUGGGAUGAAGACAACUCCGAGGACUUGGUCGCUCACCCAACCCAAGAAUCUGAACAAUGGGCAUGGGAUUCGUUCGACUCACUCCCCAUGAUUAUGGAUGCUUACACUGAUCAUGAGAGAUCACAGCUGGCGCUGAUCCAGAGGUUCCUCGCAGGUGGAUUCGGUCUGAGCGAUCAUCACCCUUAUCAAUCGCCACCUCGCUGUACAGACUCUUAUGUCGAUGCAAUGAAGGAUCUUCAUCAGCUUCCUUGGCUCGAAAGGUUUGUAUCGGUAAUUAGCGACAACUACUAUGAUUAAUACAUUCAAUGAAGCGAAUGUAGCGCUGGAACGUUCCAGAAACUGGAAAUAAGCCGCUUUGCUUCGUGGAAAACGCUGCGAGGAGGUAGAGAGUCUCACACGCUUUUACUCCAUUUUAAUUUUUAGUGACUACACAGAGUGGGCACUUGUACUUUGAUAUGUAGUUUUCAUUAGUGAUUUCUUUUCUUUUUUUCUUUCUUCUUUUUUUUUAAAUGGGAUAGUGAUUUCUAUGUUGGAUGACCUUUUUGUGAACUUGAAUUUCCUUGCUUUAAUGGUGAGGAAUUGUUGCAUCAUGAUUUGCUUUCUUCUUCAAAGAGGAUAGAAAAGAAAAUUGAAAAAUA